GUUUUGUUUUCAUUCUCAAUUCGCUUUUGUUCCCAAAAAAUUGCUGAUACAGAAUAGAAUAAAAACAGAUUAGUCACGUUUUCCGCUUGCUGCCGGUGAAAUAAAGAAAAGUGUCUCAAAACCGAAGCAAAAUGACUGAAACCACGAUUCUCAGCGGUUCGUCAGAUAUUGUUAAAAUAAAUAUUUCCAACUCACAGACCGAUGCAAUUUCGUUCGAGCGAAAGUACAGUAAAUCACUUAAAAUAUCCGAAUUUAAGCUUAAAUUGGAACCAAUUACGGGUGGAUCAGCGGCCACAAUGAAGCUGGAGCUGUAUCGAGGUGACCGGCUGGUCUGCAGGCUAGACGACGAUGAAAGACCACUGGGUUACUAUUCGAUCGAGGAUGGCAUGCGAGUGCAUGUGAUAGACAGUUUCCUUUACGUCCAAGAGAACGUACAAAAAUUUGAACUCAGUCAGGAAGAGUACGAUCGAAAGCAGGAAAGUUUAAGGAAUUACCUUCGACAGAACAAACUGGGUAAGUAUAACGAGGAAGAAAUGCGCAAACUUGAAGAGGAGCGCAAAAAACAGGAGCAGGAGGAUCUCGAAAAACUGGAGCAGACUAGCUUAGGGGCGCGAUGCAAAGUAACGACCAAGGGUCAUCCGACUCGUCUCGGAACAGUCAUGUAUAAGGGUGAACUAGACGGCAAGCCUGGUCAAUUCUUUGGAGUCAAGUUUGAUGAACCUCUGGGAGUGAACGAUGGAACCUGUAACGGAAAGCGGUACUUCGAGUGUCCGCCCAACUAUGGAAGCUUUGUUGCGGUAAAGGCGGUUGAAAUUGGCGAUUUUCCUCCAGAAAAUUUCGAUUUGGAUGAUGAAUUAUAAAGAAAAUGGUUAACAUCAUUCCAGUAUUUUUUUACCUCAACAUUAUAAUUUCUUAUCAACUCAAAUGUUUGCUUUUAUAAUGCCGACAAAAUAUAUGUAACGCUAAAGCUUCUUACAAACCAGA